GGGUGACCACGCUUGCAGACUGGGCAGUUCUGCGGACCGCCCCUUCCCCCUGGGCAGAGAUGGAGUUUGAGAACAUCAUCCUGACCGUCCACUCUGACGUGGUCCGAGGUCUGGAUCGGCCUGACCUGGUGGCAGCUCUCUGGGAUGACAUCAUGAGGGGGGUAGCUGACCUGGCCUCCGUCCCCGCCAAGUUCCCCCGCAAGGAGCGCUUCGUGGCCGACGUCCAGAUCUCCUAUGGCUUCAUGCAUGCAGGCUACCCUAUCAUGAUACAUUCCUGCUCCGCCCCAGACCUGAUGAACCCUGUGGCAGCCCGCAGCUCGGGCCUGUGGGGGGCAAUCCACGAGCUGGGACACAACCAGCAGAGAGGAGUCUGGGAGUUCCCUUCACACACCACUGAGUGCACGUGUAACCUGUGGUCCGUGUACGUGCACGAGGAGGUGUUGGGGGUGAAACGGGAUCAGGCCCACCCCAACAUGGCGCUGGCCAACCGACAGAGCCGUGCCGAGGGGUACGCUAAAGGGGGCAGGAAUCUGGCCAGCUGGGACAUGUGGGUGGCACUGGAGACCUACAUGCAGCUCCAGGACCAGUUUGGCUGGGACGCCUUCAAGAAGGUGUUUGCUGCCUACCACACCAUGCAGAACGUGCCCAAUGACAACCAGGGAAAGAUGAACCUGUAUGCUGAGACCUUCUCCCUGGCGGUCAAUAGGAACCUGGCUCCCUUCUUCAAGGCCUGGGGCUGGCCCAUUGAGCCCGUUACAGAGGAAAAGCUCUCUAACAUGCCAGUGUGGAGCGACCACCCUAUGGCCCAGUAUGACUGAACAAUAGAGGAGGUCACCCCCUUAUAUUGGGGGUCACAGGUCAGGGAUUGCUGGUGAAGGGUAGGUACCGUUUGGUGAUGGGUUAAGGUAAAGGAGUGGUGACUAUGAGUUUGCUGGCCUGGUGUAGAAAUGCUACUGUAAGAUGCUUCUGAAGUCUCAUGUGUUUUUGAUACUGUAUACAAAGCUAAAGAAAUCUACCUCUUGUUAUAUACAUUAUAUUAUUCUUGCUUAUUCCAAGAAAGCACAGAUAAAGAAUAAUAAAAGAUGUAUCUCUCCAAACAUAGUUCUUUAUUUAUCCACUGUAGUUCAUGAUGUCAUUUUCACAGUAGGAAGCACUUGACUUGGCUGAAAGACUGAAACUUAUGUGUGAACUGAAGUUUUAGCUCACAUUGCCACUGUCAAAUAAGGAUUAGAAACCCAUGAGUGGGAGAAACUACUUCUCGGGCACUGCCUGGCAGUUGUUGUGAAACAACUCCCCUACUGGCGCGUUGGAGUACUGCUGCAGGAAACCGUUCAGCUCCAGCAGCGAGCGCUGGUCCACUCGGUUCUGCUCGGUGUUGAGGGCGGUGGCGCCACCGCUACGGACAGGCUCACCGUUGUUGUCCACACAGCAGUAGGCGUUCCAGAUGUACUCGGGGAUGUUGACGCGUC